ACAUUUAACGAAUGUUUUGCCGAUUUUGCUAAAGAAACAUGGAAAUUUAAAAACUUAUCUGUAAAGUUGGAUACUUCAUAUAAACUUGUAAGUAUUUUUAUACUUUUAGACUAGGUACAAGAAUUUUUUGAUGUUACCAUUACAUUAAAUUGCUAACUAAUGUUCUUAUAUGAUAUAUAUAAAAUAUAGAGCGAUGAUACAGUAUUUUGUUUCAGAUACAAAAUGACUUCGACGUUCAGUACUGACAGUUCCGCUCAGCUUCUUAUCAAGUCUUUAAUAGCAUACGAUGCUAUAAAUGAAUCAGAAAUUGCAGAAGUGUAUGAAUUUGAGCGAACGCUUCAGUGGAUAAAAGAAAAUAAUCUUAAAAGAGUAGCUUUACAAUUCCCUGAUGAGUUACUAGUUGAUUCCAUAAACAUUUAUCAAAAAUUAGAGGAGCUAUGCGAUAUACCGUUAUAUCUUAUGGCUGAUACUACUUUCGGAAGCUGCUGCGUUGAUGAAAUUGGAGCUGAACAUGGGGUUUGUGAUGGAAUUAUUCACUACGGAUCAGCUUGUUUGAGUUCAACAAUCAGAUUCCCUUCACUCCAUAUUUUCGGUCGAAGGCGCUUAGAUAUUGAAGAUUUUAUGAAACAUUUAAAAUCGAAUUAUCGCGAUAACAAUGUGAAAACGUUAAUUUUUGCAGAAAGUGCCUAUACAUAUGCAGUUGACACUAUUUUAUCAACUGUCCAAAAAGAAUUUAAAAACAUGAGGUCCAUCCAAUCAUCUUGUCAUGUUGAAGGGAGCGAAGGUGAAGAAGGACUUUUUAUUGGAAGCGAGGAAAAUGGUAUGUUACCUCGUCUUACACUUCAGUACAACCAUCUUCAGUGGUCAACCUACGAUCCUCAAACAAAAAAAUUCUUAAAACAUUCUACAAUCCCUCGUAAACUGAUGAUGAAACGUUUCCAUUUGGUAGAAAAAGCAAAAGACGCACGAAUUAUUGGCAUAUUAGUUGGAACUCUUGGAGUUAAAGGCUACAAUGAAGCCUUGGAUCAUAUCAGAACAUUAAUUAAAAAAAGGGGAAAGAAAUGCUAUACACUAGCUGUUGGCAAGCUAAAUCCAGCUAAGCUAGCAAACUUUCCAGAAGUUGACGUCUUUGUUCUAGUGGCCUGUCCGGAUACUGUUUUAAUUGAUUCAAAAUCAUUUUAUAAACCUGUAUUAACUAUGUAUGAACUUGAACUAGCUCUGAAUAGCAAUCGAGAUCCAUCUGCUGGUUUCGAAUAUGUUGCUGAGUUUUCGAACCUUCUUCCUGGAGGGAAAGAAUACGUGGAAGCCUCAGAAACGGUAGAAGACGACGAAUGUGCUGACGUAUCACUUAUAACCGGUGGAAUAAGAUACUUAUCGAGUAGGACUGAUGAUAGUGAUGAAACAUCUACAAAUCAAGCUAUAACCACGAGAGCUCCUCUUGGCGUUGCAACAUACGCAAGAGAUGCUGGGGAAUUUCUUGAAAAUAGAUCUUGGAGAGGUCUAGAGCAAAAAUUAGGUGAAACUCCUGUGUCUGAAAUUAAAGAGGGUCGACGUGGUAUAGCCUUAGGUUAUACACACGAACCCUCUUAA